AUGGGCGUGAAGGGGCUGUGGUCGAUCGUGGCCCCCGUGGGGGUGCGGGUCAACCCGGAGAUCUUCACGGGGAAGCGAAUUGCCAUCGACGUGAGCAUCUGGCUGUACGAGCUGACGUACGCGAAUAACCUGAAGGUGCUACGAAAUGGAGGCGUAGACAACAUGAGCAUCUUUAAUGACCUGUGGAUGGAUUUCUCUGAAAAUAUGAGCAGCGACAUAAGGCCGGACAAUCUGAAGAAGGUGCAUCUCUACUUCUUCUUCCUGCGCAUAUGCAAACUGCUCUAUUAUAACAUAAGGCCUAUUUUCAUAUUUGACGGAACCCCCCCCGAACUGAAAAGGAAAACGAUUUUCCAGAGAAACAUCAGGAGGAGAAACCAUGAGGAGAGGUUCAAGAAGACCGCCGAAAAACUUAUUUACAAUUAUUACCAAAGGACUUUAUUAAAAUCGCUGAAAAGUAGGAGUACCUCAAGGAAGAAAAGUUCUAAUGGAAAAGAGGCUAUCUCUCAAGGACGGUCUUCCACAUCGGUCGGAUUAGACACCAGAGUGGAAAGCAACCCGUCUGCUUCUGCUUCUGCGUCUCCUUUUCCUGCCGCUUCUGCGCAACACACCUAUGAGCUGAUCGAAAUAUACGAUAGCAUUCGAGAAAAUGAUGCCUCCCUUGCCAGCAUGGUAGAGCACAUAGGUAACGUCCCCAUUAGCAUCAAGGACGUUUUGAAUAUAUGUAACGACGAAGAUCUGAAGAAGAUACAGAACAAGGUGCUUAUGAUUACCGAUUUGGAGGUGCUAGCCGGGGGGAUGAGCGGAAAGAUGAAAGGGAAGGAGAUACCAAGUGGUCUGGAGGAGAUACCAAAUGAUCGGAAGGAGAAUGGGGAAAGGGACAGCGGGGUGGACAGUGCUGCAGAGGAGGGAAGGACCAAAGACGAGGAUGAAUAUGCGACCAUUAUGAGAGGAGAAUCUCCACCAGUGAGUGAACACCUAAAUGACAUGGAAAACCAAAUUGACGAAGAGAUUGUCCGGAAGAAACACCUAGCCAGGAAGAAGUACUAUGAGAGCAUCCCUAAAAAUUUCAAGGGCUUCCUGUGUAUGCGUCGGCCGGUCGAUAUUAUCGACAUAAGCAACUAUAGUACGGACAUUCUGGAGUUCACGCGCAAAUUGGGCGAGGGGGAGGGCCAAGAGGUUGGAGCGGAUGAAGUGGGCCAAGCGGUUGGAAUGGAUGAAGCGGUCGAACAGGGGAGACCCGCAAAGGACCCUACAGAGGGGUAUAUCCUCCACAGAGGGGAGCCAGAAAGGUCGUUAAUGGCACCAAAUACGAAGCAGCGUAGCGUGGAGAAGAGGGGAGGACCAGACAAUGCAUACGUUCUCCUCAGCGAGGGGGACACCCCGGAAAAGGAGGAGCCCGACGAGGAAAACCUGAACCGGGAAACCCCCCAAAAGGAGAACCCCCCCCACAAGGAACAGAUCAACAUCCUGGAGCUGCCCCCCACCUUUGACCGGGCUGACCUGUUCCACGAGGGGAAAGACGAAUACAAAGUGUACUACGUAAACAACGAGGAAAUAAAAAUCCCCCUCUUCAAGGAGCUAAACAAGGACGUGUUUGAAAAACUCCCCAUCAAAUUGCAGUACCAGAUUUUGCAAGACAUAAAAGAAGAGUGGUAUGUAGACAAUAGGGUAAAGGCCAUAAAGGCCAAAGACGACAUGGACAUAUUUUCGCAGGUGCAGUUGGAGACAUACGUGAGGAUGAUUAAGACAGAUUUCGAAAUUGAGAAACUCAAAAUAAAGAUGGCUGAGAAGAUACAGAAAGCGGAUGGAGAACUCGUCAUUAAUAAAGAGAUGUCCAAACAAUUGGACAGUAUCAGCAUCAGGGAUUACAACGAUGUGGUUAGGAAAAAGAAGAAGAAGAAGAAAAAAAAAUACUUCAAUGAGAUUCUGAACGAAUGCUAUUUCGAGGGGGAAGAUGAGCAAUACAAGGAGCUAUACGUUAAGGGGGAGGAAGACGACGACGAGGAAGCAGGAAUGGUGAUGAAUGCACAAGUAGUGGGAGAGAGGCUCGCAAAGGGGGAAGAUGACGGAAGCGUACGCCACGAUCAGCGCAUCUCCAUAGAGGCCUAUGGACAAGUAGAACGGGCCAGAAGGAGGGACGUGACUAGGCCCAAAAGGGAACAGCACGGGGAGGAUAACCAACCGGAGAACGGACCGGAGAACGGACCGGAGGACGAAAAAAAGGCGCUGAUUAAAAUGGAGAAGGAAUUUAAGCAGGACCUGCUGCUCGACGAUGAGGAGCUUUUCGGGGAAGAUCUCCUGCGAGUGGUGGACGAGGACGGGCAGCAAAUUGAGGAGAAUCCAGUUGAGGAGAAGCAAACUGAGGAGGAACAAGUGGAGGGGCAUCCCCUUCAGGGAAGCACCCCUCCCAAGGGGGAAACCCCACCUGGAGCGAACAAGGCAGAUGCGGGGGAGCAGAUCACCCUCUUGAGACAGGUCGAUAUAUACGAGAAUAGGUAUUCUCCCCCAAACCUUCACAGCAGUGGAGAUGACUUCGAAAAUUGCAGUGUUGACGAGAAGGAGCAAAGAGAAGAAGACCUGGAGCGGCCAAUCGAAGAGAACGAGGGGCUGCAAAUCGUACAGGACGUGAUUGACCUAACCAGCAAUGAUGAACAGGCGGAGGGGGAGGUCGACGAGCGGGGCGCGGAUAGAGACACGUUCGCCGUCGUGUCGCCUCGCCAAGGACUGAAAGGGGUGAUGACCCCCCUUGAGAGGAAUGCUACUCCUGCUGGAGAUCCCUCCGAGGGUCACAAACAGAGGGAGAUAUCCAUCGGGAUGAGUGAUGGAGAAGAAAUAUGCCAGCCAUCCAAUGAGCCACACAUUAGCGCUGAGAAGGAAGUACGUGAUGAAGUGAUGCAGAUUCUUCAGGCAGCUCCACGAGGUGGGGAGAGGGCACAUGUUGAGGCCCCCCCUCUGCAUGAUAAGGUAGACAGUUUAAUAGUUGAUUCUUCGAAUGGGGAGGAGUCAUCGGAAGGGGAAGACAAACAGAAAAUCUCCGAGGAGAUAAAAAAGGUGCAGAAAAGGGUGAAGCAGAAGGUAAAGCGAUUUAUGAGCAAAGACGAAAUAAACAAUCUGCUUCUGAACAAGGUGGACCUGGGCAACGUAGGGAAGGAGAGCUAUCUGGAGAACCUGCUGAGCAAUAAGGUGUUGCUGGACCGGUUCGGCGUCGGAGGGGAGGCAGGAGAGGCAGAAGAGGCGGGGGCUGAGGAGGUGGGCGAUGAAUCCAGCUAUGAAGUCCGCGAUGAAGUCCGCGAUGAAGCCCACUAUAAACCCCGUCAUGAAGACAUCCUGGCCACCGAAUUGCUCGAUGGGGAAGGGUCCCCCCCUGAUGAUCGUGACCACAUGCGCGAUAGCCGCGCGCUGGACGCCUACCUCGACCAAACGAACAAAGAGAACGAGCAUCUGGUGAGGGAGUAUAAAAAGCUAAAAAAAAACAACAUCGAAAUAAAUGAAGAAAUGAAUGAAGACAUCAAAAUUCUUCUGAACAUGUUUGGAAUCCCCUAUGUUCAGUCCCCCUGCGAAGCGGAGGCCCAGUGUUCCUACCUCAACUGCAACAAUCACUGUGACGCGAUUAUAAGUGAUGACUCCGAUGUGCUUGUCUUCAGUGGAAAAACGGUGAUUAAAAAUUUUUUUAAUAGGAAAAAAACGGUAGAGGUAUAUGAAAGGAAGCUCAUAGAGGACAAGUUGGGUCUGUACCAAGAUGAACUAAUCAAUCUGUCGUUACUAUGCGGAUGUGAUUAUACCAUUGGAGUCCACGGUGUAGGAAUAGUAAACGCAUUGGAGAUUAUUAAAGCCUUCCCUACCUUUGACGAUUUGAAGAAAUUGAAGGAGAUCGUAUCGAACCCCUUUCGAGAUCUAAGCAAAGAUGACAAAUAUUUCAACAACGAAGAAGUCAAGCGUUUUUUAAAAACGCACAAAAAUUAUAAGCUAAAUUGGAUCUUCCCGCGCAAUUUUCCCGACAGGGAAGUAUACAAAUGCUUCAAAUAUCCGAAGGUCUGUACAGACAUAGAGAAGUUUCAAUGGCAUGUUCCAAACCUGAGUCAUAUCAGCAGAUUUUUGCACAAAGCGACGAACAUCCCGGAGGAGAAAAUUCACAAUGUGCUGAGUCCCAUUUUGCAAAAAUACGAUGUUAAUGUUAGAAGUUACCAGCUCAAGAUUGAUGAUUUUUUCCCCAUCAUUCAGAGGAAGAGAAAGAGCGUCGACGAUCUGAUACACAUCAUUCGGGACACCCAGAAGGGAAAAAGAAGGGACACCAGCAGCGGUAAAAGAGGCAAAGGCGGCAAGACAAGGAACGCCACUAUAGGAGGCAGCUCCCCACUGGGCAGAGACAUCACGUCUCUUAUUGACUUGAACCCUGCGGGGGUCAUUCGGUCCAAGCGCAUGUCGGCGGCAAUGGACGGCAUAAAGGGGCGCGCCCGCAAAAGGGGCUCCUCAGGAGGGGCGCCGAAAUAA